AUGUUGCAAAAGUUUGUCAACGUCUCUACCGACGAGUUUUUCAACACCUUCCUUCGAAACCCAGAUGGACUUGCGAGUCGGAAGUAUACAGGCGCAUUCAAGGCGAUGCCAGAGGAAGGUGUUCCAGAAGAAUAUUUAUAUUUACCAUUCCGCAAAUGCCUGGAGGACGCGAAAUUAUGUCCAGGUUACCAGUGCGUAUUGACGGCGAACGCACCCGACCGGGAUGACAAGUUCAAACAGAAGGUCGAUGCUGCACUGUUCCUCGAGAAAGACGCACCGACGGACGGGAGACAGCACUGGGCACGGCAGGCAAUCUCCUUCGAGUUCAAGAAGUCCUCGAUGGCGGAUGAUCCGUUUCAGGACGACAAAGAGGACCUCGAGCACGACUCCGAGCAAGGGAACAAGAAUCGAGGCCAGAUUAUCUCGUACGCUGCAGAAACGUUCGCUCGUCAACACCGCACGUUCUGCUUCACCGUAAUCAUCCUUGGUAACUGUGCUCGCAUCAUUCGCUGGGACAGAUCUGGGGCCGUCUUCACUGAGAAAUUUGACUACAAGCGAAAACCUUUUAUUCUCGGCAAAUUCUUAUGGCGAUUCUCGCAUCACUCUCUUGAGGCGCAAGGCUACGAUCCGUCUGCUACAAUGGUCACUGAAGGUUCCGACUACUACAAUCUGAUGACACAGUACGCGAACACAAAGUUGACUUCUGGAGACUACGUGCGAGAAUUCUUCAAGAAGUCGCUCGAAGCAGGGUGGCCGUGGUGGAGUCUGCAGGUUAACGACGAAUUGCCUACACCACGAGACGUGGAGAUGGGCAGAUUAGGAGUGGCCGUGGGUGCGCACACAGCGUCUGAGGCGCCUCGUGCAACACGUCCCGCAUGCUAUCUGGUUGGCAAGCCACACUUCAUCGCUGAUGGCAUGGUAGGCCGGGGUACGCGCGGAUAUGUCGCUCUCGAUUGUCAGACCUCCAAAUUCGUCUUCCUCAAAGAUUCAUGGCGGGUCGACCAUGAAGAUAUUGAGAAGGAAGGUGAAGUGCUUCGAAGACUCAACGACGUUAACGUCCGGAACGUCCCUACACUGGUUUGUCACGGGGACGUGUUGGGCCAACGGACCAAGACGCAAGACGUUUGGGAGUCCGUUUAUGGAUCAGUCCCUGUAGGCAAUCGCCCGGUCAAGCUGCACAUGCAUUAUCGCCUUGUUGUAGAAGAAGUUGGUCAUCCUCUCAGUGACUUCAAGGACGGUUACGAGCUUGUGAGCAUUAUGAGUGAUUGCCUCACAGCGCAUCGACAAGCUUACGAAAGGCUUCGUCUUCUUCACAGAGAUAUCAGCUCGGGGAAUGUGUUCUUCGUAGAACGAAUCGAAGGAGAUGCGGUGGUUCCUGUUGGGUACCUGAGCGAUUGGGAGCUUUCUAAGACAGUACCCAAAGGAGGCGAAAAUCACGUAGCGCGACAACCUGAUCGUACCGGAACCUGGCAAUUCAUGUCCGCACUGUCACUCCAAAAUCCAUACAAGCCUAUCACACUUCAAGAUGACCUCGAAUCCUUCGUUCACCUUGUCGUGUACGAGGCCAUACGAUUCUUGCCGCAUAAUAUUCCAGCGAUAAACGUGGGCACCUUCAUAUGGCGCUAUUUCGAUGCCGCGAUCCCGUACAACGGAGAGUACUACGUUUGUGGGGACAAGAAGUGGUCCACAAUGAAAGACGGGGAGCUCGAAGACACAUCCGGAAAGAUCAUAUUUGGAGGCCACGAAUGCUACCCUUUGAACGUUCUCCUGAAUUCGGUAUCAAAAUGGUUCAGCGCUUACUACGCUGUGCUUGCGCGGGAACAACCCGAUCUAUUCCGGCGCGACCUCAUCGAGGUGCCCGCUGAACAAUUGGCGGGCGAGGAUUCGUCAGACCAACCAGUCAAACGCAGGAAGAAGCGUGCUCCGAAUGUAGGCCGUAUAGACUUCUCUAAGCUGGUCAGUCGUCGCGAUCGCCUCAAAGAAGUGCAAAUACAGUUGGUCAAGGACGAUGCGGAAGAGCUGAAAGAUCAUUACGCAAUUUGUUCUGCUUUUGACAGCAUUCUCGAACUAGGCCCAUGGCGAGAAAAUGACAAGUGCCCAGACAAGCUCCCCGCAGAUUACGACCUACACAAGGAGACGCAGAAAGUUCGUGCAGGAUCCAAGCGCACCGCCGAUGGUCCCGAAUUACUUCAAUCAAAGAAGUGGAAACCAUCGGCUUCUGGUGGCAAAUCGGCGAUGAUCCCCCUCACGGAUUACCGACCAGGAUCUGACCUCCCUGCUCCAAUCCGCGAGGAACGACAUCCCUUGUUCCCCUCCCUCUCGCGACAAACGCAAGUGCUUGAAAAGCGGCCGGCCUCGCUAUCACUGAGCGACGAAGGCGAGAGGAUUCUUUCGCCUGCGGAGCAGGCACAAUUUGCUUCGCUGCCUCCUUUGACACCUACUGCCACUGGAGCGCAAACGCUGCAUGACUCCACGAAUGCACAGUCGUCGGCAACUCGUAAGCGCUUUAGGGGUUGCGCUAUCCAGUGA